CAUUAUAAGAUAAGCAUGAGAUACCCUCACAAGGCCGGCUCUGUGAUCAGCCUACUUUUAAGAAUUUCAAUGAGUCAAUCUACAAUUGAAUGUUGCCACGUCAGCAACGCGUGGCCAUUAAAAUCAAAGUUGCCGGAAUUUGAUCCCUCGGUUUUGAUGGAAACCCAAUAAUUCUCAGGCUAUUCUUUUGCUAUCCUCGAGGAAUUUUGAGUGGUUGCGGAAAUGCAAACUCACCUCGAAUAACAGUCCCAAUCAUUUUGGCCCGGAGUUGAAAGGUUUGAAUCCCCGUUUAUAACACAAGGGGCUUACAGAUUCACAGGGGUUUUCUUGAAGAUUUAUGAUCCGUGAUUAUGUCGGGCGGAGGGGCUGGCAGUGUUGGGCAAGGUAAUGUGGCUCCACAAAAGCCAUGGGAGCGCAGUGGAAGCUCAUCUGGCCCUUCUCCAUUCAAGCCUCCUUCAAAUGGUCCCACAAGAACUGUUAUACAGGCAGCUGAAGAUGCAAAAACUGGAGAGAAGAAUUUGGAUACUGAAAGAAGUGUGUCUGUUGCUAACAGAAGUAACGUUGGUAGACCUAUGCCAGUAAGACCCUGGGAACAAAAUCGUGGGGUAGGCUAUGGAAAUAACUAUGGAGGGCUUCGUCCUAUGCCUAGUUAUAAUUCAGCCUAUGGCGGCUCUAUGACACCUUACAAUUCAGGAUAUUCUUCUGGUAUGUAUGGAUCGAACAAUACAUAUGGUGGAUUAGGAGGAUAUGGAGGUGCAAUAGGAGGAUACAACAGUGGUCUUUAUGGCAACAAUAUGGCCAGAGGAUAUGGUGGAAUGUUCAAUAAUGGAAUGGGAGGACCAAUGGGUGGAUAUGGCCUUGGCCCUGGAGGUCCCUAUGCGAAUGGGAAUGGAGAUCCAAAUGAUCCAUAUGGUGGACCUCCAUCCCCACCGAGCUUUUGGCAGUCUAUGCUGAAUGCGUUGCAUGGUGUUGUGAGUUUCUUUGGUCGAGUUGCCAUCCUUGUUGAUGAGAACACUCAGGCAUUUCACUUUUUUAUAAAUGCUCUUCUCCAGCUGUUUGACCGUACAGGUGUAUUGUAUGGAGAAAUUGCUCGGUUUGUGCUGAGGUUGCUUGGAAUUCGGACAAAACGAAGAGGCAUGUCCAAGCCUGGAUCAAGAUCAAUUGCUGGUCAAGAGACACCUGAAAAAUACUACAUUGAAGAACCAAAAGGCGCAAGUGCUGCCUGGGAAAAUGUUUGGGAGGAUGAAGGUGGCAGGCAACAAUAAUCAGUUGCAGGAUAUGCCAUAUUGAUCCGAUCAAAGUGUAUUCCCCCUAUUUGUUUAUAGAAUAUCAACCAUCAAAAAAAUCUCAGCUCUUGUCUUUGUGCAUUCAGCGGCUUUCCAGUCUGAUAUACCAAUCAAGUGUAGAGUGCAGCAAUGUAAGAGCUUGCCAUUUAAAAGCAUCUGGGAAAUCAGAGGGCUGUUGAGGCACACUCAAGGCAGCUAGAAGUGGUCUGUCAUUGUAUCUCAUAUGAUGAAUGAUAGUUAUUAGCAACUAUUAUAGAAAAUUUUAGUUGUAGACGGUCAAGAGAAAUUUGGCCUAGUUUUGAGCUUCACGUCCAAACAUUUACCCUUUUGUAACAAGGGAUAAAUGUUAUCUGAUCAUUUUUUUCAAGUGCAAGUUCUUUGCUCUUAGUUUCGUCAUAAGGUUCUGUGCCAUACGUGUAUAAAUAAUUAUGACAUUUGAGUGACUGAAACUAAUGUCUAUGGUCUGCUAUAGAGGCUUAAUAUUUGCAGCAAUCUCAUUAGGCUUGUAAUGCUUUUGCAAAAGAUAGAGAUAAAACAUUUUACAGGUUAAACAAAUUACAAGGCUUUCUUGGUAAA